ACAAACACACACACGCACACACACUCACUCACUCACCCACUGUUACUAUACUAUUAUACUAAUUUACACACUACCAACUGACAUGGACUAUGAGCCCAAGAAAAUCAAAAAGGGGUUUGUUUUACCAAUAAAACGACUGGUCUUCCCAAAGUCAGCCCGGAGGCAGGCAGACAGGGGCAGUGCAUACCGCAGGCCUCUGCACACUGUGCCUCUUUACCCACCAGAUUUUUUCAUCCAUCCUGAGCGCCUCAUCUACGACUAUGUGGAGAAGGAAGUGAAGUUUCUGGGUCAUCUGACAUGGGUGUCUUGCUCCCUAAACCCCUCCAGCAGGGACGAAUUGCUGCAGCUACUGGACACUGCCAGAAAGCUGAAGGUCCUGCCUCUUCAGACAACUGUAGAACAGGACUGUAUCCUGAGUCUAUCUGCACGUUGUCUACUGCUCACUUGGAGAGACAAUGAGAAACUACUGCUGCGAAUCCCUACACAUGAGAUAGCUGCUGCCUCCUACUUGCGAGACGAUGCACUGCACCUACUGGUGCUGAAAACAGGUCUGAAUGUGGAUACCAUUAUAGCAGAAGACAGUCUUGAAAAAAGACCUACUGGACUAGAAGGUCGUAGACAGACCAUGAGCAAUGCUGACCCUCGGCCUGCAGGGGGCACCAUGGAGCGACGCCAUACAAUCUGUGGUGUGGACUGGAAGCCGUUGUCUCGCCAUGAGUCAAAGCAGACUGGCACUGGUGUGGGGGGAGUUGGUUCUGUCGGGGGAGGAGGAGGAGGAGGUGGAGGAGGAGGAGGAGGCAACAGUGGAGGUGGCAGUCUGGAACGAAGGCAGGUUGGGGGCAGUUGGGAGCGACGCCAAACCCGCAAGCCAUGCGGAGGAAGCUGGGAGAAGAGACCCAUGAGCGGGAGCUGGGAGAGACGGUUUGUAGGAGGCAGCUGGGAGCGCCGUGGUCCUGUGGGCAAAGGUGGAGGGGGUGUGGGUGGCAGCUGGGAGAAGAGACACGGACCAGGGGGUAAAGGUGGAGGUAGCUGGGAGAGGAAGCAUGGGAAAGGGGGCAGCUGGGAACGAAGGCAUGCUUUUAUGGGAAGCUGGGAGAGAGGCAAGGCAUUUGGAAGUUGGGAGAGAAGGAGCCACAAUCCCCUGGAGCCCACACCGUGCCCUGACGCUUACUGCAACCUGGUCGUGCUGGCUGUGGAGAACAGGGAUGCUGCAGAGGAGUACUGUGCUCUCAUCUGUCAGAUGUUUCAAAUCAUCUAUGGACACCAGACCAUUGAGUGUGUAGACAGGGCAGGGUAUCACUACACCAUGCCUGGCCGCUACUGGCUUCAGAGAAGUGACAGCUGUCUGACAGAUAUGACAUAUGGCUAUGACACAGACUUCAGCUGCUGCAGCUCAUAUGAUGGAUCUCAGUAUGCCUUUGAACCAUACUACAGUGAGAACUACAGUGAGAAUUCGUCUCUUUCCUAUCAGGACUCGCAUCGCAGCCUGGCAUCCAUACACAGUGACUCGGAACCCAGUAAUGCAAGCCUGCAGCUAAUGCAAGAGUACAUGAUUACGCUACGUAAUAAGCUGUCUCCCCACGAGAUUCAGCAGUUUGCUGUGUUGCUGAGGGAGUACCGCAUAGGUGCUCCCAUAGACCAGUUCUGCGCAGACCUGCUCCAGCUCUAUGGAGACUCGCGCAAGUUCCUCCUGCUCGGUAUGCGCCCCUUCAUCCCUGACCAAGAUGUGGGAACCUUCGAGACGUUCCUGGAAAGCAUUGGCAUCCGGGAGGGUGGAAUACUGACUGAUAGUUUUGGGCGGAUCAAGAAGAGUAUGAGCAACAUGUCGGCCACGGCUGUGAGAGGGUACGAGGGAUCAUACGACUUCAACAGUAGGAUGAGUGAUAUCACGCAUGACAUCGAGGCCCUCGGCUUUGACGAAGGACACGGAGACAUUGAGGAAGAGGACUACUACCUCUGAUUAUUACUUGAACAGUAUAUUGGAUUUUUUUAAAGUCAUUACUUACAUAUUUUUUAUAAUACUUGUUCUCUAGAAUGCUAGUUCUAGCCUUUUGAAGGGCUUCCCUGAUUACCUCCUUCAGCGCCCCCUCAGGAGAGUUGUGGUGAUGGCAGAACAAACUUGACUUUUUGUCUGUAGUUAAGAUACAGAAUAAAUGUAAUUAAUAAUUAAUUAAGCUUUUCUUGAUCUUUUUAGGGACUUUAUUGCCGGAAAGUGUUCUAACUUUCACAUGAACGGAACAUAAAUCUCUUAGCACAUCAAAUAUAUGUAAUUUAAAUAAAACUGUAUCUGAUUACCUAAGGCAUAAACCAAGACUUGCUCGUUUUUUUAAGUCCACAUUUUUUUUAAAAUCUUUGCUCGUCUUGUGGAACACUUGCAAACCGCGUUACUCGCAGUCCGAGGUUCCACUGUAAUAUGAUAUUUGCAAUGGUCUAUUAAAUUUUUUUUUUUACUUUUUUAUUAUUAUUUUGCAAGAAUGCUUAUUACACAACCAUGUAAAUGUGUAAUACCAAAUAAUAAUAAUAAGAGUUUCACUACAACUUUUAAAAUGUUAUUGACAUACCGUCAAAGGCUAGUAUUUAUAAGGGCUAUACCAAAAGUAAUGCAAAGUUGGGCAUAACUUUGUCUGUAACAAAUUGUACAUGUUGGUGAAGUAUCUCUUCCCAGAAGUCACUUGCCUGCUCUGACAAGUGCCUGUGUGGAGAAAAGCAUAUCAGUAAGAUUGUGUAAAAGUGUAUAUUUCAAAUAAAAUAAGUUAUGAUCGAC